AUGACUCGUUUUCUGGAACCAUUUUAUGCACUUCUCCUGCUUCUCAUGCAUGCUGCAGGACCAGUCCUCGGAUUCAACAAUACCUCUGAAAUAAAGUGCAAUGAGAGGGAAAGACAAGCACUCCUCAGCUUCAAACUUGGCCUCGUAGAUGUCAAUGGCAUGCUGUCUACAUGGAGGGAUGAUGAAAAGGGUCGAGAUUGUUGCGAAUGGAAAAACAUUCAAUGUGACCAUCAAACAGGUCUUGUAACCAUCCUUCGUCUUCGUGGUUCUGAGACACAAUAUUUGAGAGGUGCACUCAAUAUCAGUUCAUUGUUUCCCUUGCAAAAUAUUCAAUAUUUAGAUCUCAGCUACAAUUUUUUUAUGGGCAAUGAAAUCGCAGAACUCAUAGGCUCACUUACAAACUUAAGAUAUCUCAAUCUCUCCAAUUCUUUUUUUAGUGGCAGCAUUCCUAUCCAACUUGGAAGCCUUACACAAUUAAGGUAUCUCGAUCUCAGUUACAAUUAUCUCGACCAGGAACUCCCUUAUCAGCUUGGAAGCCUUAAAUAUUUAAGGUAUCUCGAUCUCAAUUAUAAUUCUCUUGAAGGGAAACUCCCCAGUCAACUUGCAAAUAUGUCACAGUUGAGAUACCUUGGUCUCAGUUGUAAUUACUUUUCUGGAGCACUCCCUUUCCAGGUUGGGAAUUUUCCUUACUUGCAAACUCUUAUACUUGCUGGUGAUUUUGAUGUCAAACCUAAGGAUGCCAAAUGGUUGUCUAAUCUCUGUUCAUUAACACAUCUUGCCUUCGAUGGUUUACAUAACCUUCACUGGUUUCAAAUGUUUCACUGUACUAAGCUAAGAGAGUUGAGACUAGUUGACUGUUCUCUUUCAGAUACCCAUAUUCAUUCUCUAUUUUAUUCACCUUCCAACUUUUCCAAUUCUCUUAUCAUCCUUGAUCUUUCUUAUAAUAUGCUCACAUCCUCAUCAUUUCAGUUGUUGACUAACUUUAGCCUUAACCUUCAAGAGCUUUAUCUUUCUCAAAAUAACAUUGUUUUCUCAUCUCCUGUCUUCUCAAGUUUUCCUUCUCUUGUGAUCCUUGACCUUUCUUAUAAUAAUAUGACAUCAUUUAUCUUUCAGGGUAGUUUCAACUUCAGUUCAAAACUUCAAAAUCUUAAUUUGCGAAAUUGUAGUCUCAGGGAUGGUAGUUUUCUCAUAUCUGACAUUUCAAUUACGAAUUCUUCAUCUUCUCUUGCCUCGCUUGAUCUCUCCUCAAAUCUGUUAAAAUCAUCAUCCAUAUUUUACUGGCUCUUCAAUUCCACUACCAAUCUUCGUACUCUUGCCCUUUAUGAAAACGUGUUGGAAGGUCCCAUUCCAGAUGGAUUUGGGAAAGUAAUGAAAUCUCUUGAGUUUCUUGACCUCUAUGGUAACAAACUGCAAGGCGAGAUUCCAUCUUCCUUUGGGAACAUGUGCACAUUGCAGAGAUUAGACCUCUCAUAUAACGAGUUGAGUGGGGAAAUUUUAAGCUUAUUUCAAAAUUCUUCAUGGUGCAACAGACACGUGUUUCAGAGUUUGGAUUUAUCUAAUAACCAGGUUACAGGCAUGGUACCUACAGUCAUUGGAUUGCUAUCUGAGUUGGAGUACUUGUACUUGGAUGGAAAUCGUUUGGAGGGUGACGUCACUGAAUCCCAUCUUUCCAAUUUUUCCAAGUUAAGACACUUAUAUUUGUCAGAUAACUCUCUAUCUCUAAAAAUAGACCCUAAUUGGGUUCCUCCUUUCCAAUUAUAUGUUCUGAAACUAAGAUCUUGCAUGUUAGGCCCCACUUUUCCUAGUUGGCUUCAGACUCAACGCUCCUUAGCUUUUCUUGAUAUUUCUGAUAAUGGGCUGAAUGAUUCAGUACCAAAAUUGUUUUGGAACAACUUGGAAAAUGUGCAAUAUUUGAAUAUGUCUUAG